ACAUAGCAGAGGUGCAUAAUGGAAUGUGGAAUUUGACCAGACUUCUGUCUAAUCCAUUACAGCUCUUAUAUUCUUAAGAGCGAUCUGGUGAGUACAAAGGAAUGAAGUUCAAUUUGGUUUUUUACUCAGAGUCACUUCAUCUGUUAAAAAAAUCCCUAUGCUGGUCAAAGUGGGUGUGCAACCCAUGUGAUAGCAGUUGUCUGAAUAUUGCUACCUUUAUACAUAGUGGGAACCUACAGUUGGCCACAAGUUUGUGCACAGACAGUGAAAUGCAUGCAAAUAUGAUCACGAUAUGUGAUUGGUCUCUAUUCAGGAUGCACACUUGCAAUUCAGUGGUUGGAACCCUGAACAGAAGCACUCUACACUGGGAUAUUGUGUUGCAGACUCGUAUCAUAACAUUAUGAGUACAGCUGUUGCAGUUAGACUGAGGGCUGGAAGGUGGAAAAGACGUGUGGGCAUGAAAGUAACAUGGACAUGAAGGAAGAGUUCAGCUGCCGAAAGCCAUUGACUUUUUGGACAGACUGCUGAGGCACUGAUGUGGUAAUUCUGAAGUGCGAGAAUGACCUCUCCUGGUAGAUUUUUCUUUGGUUUGCUCUUAAGCCAUCUGUGAAAUGUUUGUGGGUUUGUGUUGUUUCUUGACAGCUUUUACUGAGUAACUGCUUUUCAAAAUAUUCUCUUUUCCUCCCCGCACAACCCUACCAGAGGACUUACAAAAACGUGAGAGGAGAUAGAAGAGUUUUGUUCUAAGGUAAAAGGACUCUUUCGAUUUCCCUUGCCUUAAUGUGCUGGGAAAGCUGAUCCAGUGCAGCAAACGGCGUCAAGAAACCAGAACUGCUGGACAGUGGAAGGCCAACCUCUUGUAAAGUGUACUAAAGAAGACAUGGCUCUGACGGUUGAAAUGGAAUCACGGAUAUAUCAUUCCCUUAGGGCCAUCUUUGGUGCCACUGCACACUUUGUCUCCCUCGGAUUUACCAUCUUUGUAGCUGUACUUGCCAGACCUGGAUCAAGUUUGUUCUCCUGGCAUCCUCUCCUAAUGUCUCUUGCGUUUUCCUUCUUGAUGACAGAAGCCCUGCUGACUUUCUCUCCAGAAAGUUCCCUGCUCCGGUCCUUCUCCCGGAAAGCCAAGGUCCGCUUCCACUGGGCUUUGCAGGUGCUCUCCCUCAUCUGUGCCGUGCUGGGCCUGGCCAUCAUCAGCUAUAACAAGUACCUCAAUGGGAAGGACCACUUUGUCACCUGGCAUGGCCAGACGGGCUUGUUGACAGUGCUGUACGCCAGCAUGCAGUGCCUGGGUGGGCUGGCUCUGCUGUACCCCAAGCUGCUGAAGAACUGGACCCUGAGCAAGCUCAAGCUUUACCACGCCACAUCAGGGCUGAUAGGGUACCUCCUUGGCUGUGCCAGUUUGAUGCUGGGGAUGUGCUCCCUCUGGUUCACCACAUCGCUGACUGGAGCCGCCUGGUAUCUGUCUUUCCUGUGUCCUGUCCUCACCAGCCUGGUUAUCAUGAACCAAGUGAGCAACGCUUACCUCUACCGCAAAAGGAUCCAGCCCUGAAAGCCUGCCUGGUAUAGACAGUGUGUGGGAUCCUUGAAGAGAGUUCCAGAAUUCUCAUUAAAGCCCUCUGGGAUGGAACCAUCUCUUUUUACCUGCCUAUGACUUUGUACGGCAUUUUAAAAUCUCACGGACUUUCCCCACCCCACUGUUUACAUCCCAGAGAUGCUUCUAUUGUUGAACCAGUUUCCUCGUCGUGCCAGUGCCCGGGCAGCGUUCCAUGUGAAUGUCUCUGGAAGUUCGUCUUUGCUGGUGCUGCACAGUGGUCCCGCUGCAGCCUGCUGAUGCUGCCUUGCAAAAGAACAACAGACGUAUCGCUUCGCCUUUUCUGGAUCCAGCCAGCUGCUGGAGAUGAAGGAAUCCCAACCUAAGCACAGGCAAAACUCCCUUUGGUCCUGCAGCCUUCCUUUUGGUUGAAUCUUUGGUCUGCGGAAGUGAUGUGGAUGGACUUGGCGAACAGUGAGACAUUUUCUAGCAUUCCACCUGAAGGUGGAAAGGGCUAGCCUCUCCUCAAAACAAAAUUGUUAUUUUUUAAGCAAAGGCCAGAGCUUCACCUUAAACGCACUAGCAGACAAACCAUAUGAAGCAAGCAGCAUCAGGUGUGGCCAUGUAAUGUCCUGGUUCACAUGACAUGACAGCUUUUUGUGGCUUAAUUUACUCUCAGGGGGUGUUGUGUCAGGCUGGUUGCCCAUGUCCACCAUUCUUGCAUGGUGCCGAACUUGUGAACCCAAGGGGCAGGGUUGUUUGGGGGUUAACCCACAAAUAAUCUGUGGCUUGCUUUGGGGCUAUUUGAGGGUCCACAAACAACAUAAGCUGUCUGAGUCUGCAUGACGUGGCAAGCCAGGUGCCGUGCAUGGCACAACACCCCCACGGGUAAAUUAAGUCAUACCAAGCUGUCAUUAUGCACAAAUAGCACAAUGAAUAUGUAUCAGUCAGGGGCUAAUACCAUGUCAUAUGCUUUUUAAAGAAAUAUAAGCUGCUUUGUGCAAGGGAGGCAAAAUAUGGAAGAAAAAGUGGCAGAAGAUGAUGGGGGCACUGGAUGCUUCCCUCAGCCAUUGCUUUUCUAGGUUUCAAACGCACACGAAGUAACCUUCCCCACCUGGGUGCCUUCUGGAUGUGUUGAACAGCACCUCUAAGCAUGUGCCAGCCAGCCAUGCUUAGCAUGAGACUCUAAUACAUUCGGAAGGCACAGGCCUGGGGAAGGCUGAUGCAGGCCUUGUUCCUCUCCAUCUCCUGCAAUAUAACGGGUGCCAUUUUAAAGAGAUUGCACAGUGGCACCCCAAACAUUUUACUUCGAAGAGGUUAAGCUUGCCCCUGCCUUUCUUAGUUGCAAAGUAUGUGUGUCAGGGAGCAUUUAGCAAUGGCUUUCCAGUUUGCUAUGUUCUAAUGCUUCUAAAAUGAUGACAGAGUAAACCAGUAACAGUCUGCUGGGAGGACAAAGCGAUGAACAAGAACUUUUUGCACAAAUAGUUUGAUGGAUUCUGGACAGAAUAGCAGUUGCAAGAAAGAUAAGAGUUACAAUUCCUUUUUUUAUUGCAUAAUGUAUAAGAAGUUUGUGGCCAGUAUUUUGGAUGGUACGCUUUAAUGCACAUAGCCCACCUCACCAGCUGGGGGCCAAAUCCCUUUCUCUGUGCUUUUUCCAGCUCCCCGCUCCUCAUGCCUAUUCUUUCUGUUGUACAUCUUUCCCCACUCUGUUUCUCUGGCAUUUUUGCCUUCCUCUGUCAUAUGCCAUUAGAGACACUUACAGGGCAAUCCUAUACAUUUUAAGGUCGUUCCACCAUUCCAUAUAUAUGUCCCACUGAGGUCAGUGCAGUUUAUUCCCAUUUAAUUUAGACAGACUUGACUGGUUACUUGUUUACUUCUGUCUGCCUUGGGUUCCACCUGGGACUGGAAAAAAAUGGAUACAAACCAUUUGUCUCUUGCUGUGGCAGAUUUAGAUAUUGCCAAGCAAAAAAAGAUGACUUUUGGAAGUAGUAGCACACCUCCUCAUAAGAAGAGGGGGAGAGUUUCUUCUCAUUUUCCCUGUUGGAAAGUAUGUGAAAUGGGCAGAAGUUGUGAUCUUGUGCAGAUACAUGAACAUAGGCCCCACUGCCCUCAGUUGUACAUUGGGAGACAAUGUCUUUUGGAUCUAGUCUCUCGUUGCCCUCUUUAUGCUGCUCAUCUCUGACUGCUUCCUACUGGAUUGACACUUCUUGUUCAUGGUGAGGCUUCACUGCCAUAGGUGUAAAGCUUGGUAAGAUUAGGACCUCCUCUCUGAAUGCCUUCCAUGAUCGUAUGUGGAAUUUGGAAGGAGCUCACUGGCCUGUUAUAAUUUCUCGUGCUAUGUGAAGACCUCAAAGGCUUGCUGAAUCUGUUCCCUGAGAUUUUGCACAGUUAAGCAGAACAGGGACCCCAGGAUCACACAUGCUGAGCCCUUCCACAAGGGAAAAGAUUUGCUCAAUUGUUUCUUUUGGAGGGUUCCAGAGUCCUUGAAUGCUGACAGUCACCUUUAUGUGAGAGGUGAAAGUUGGCUUCAUUUUACAGCUUGGUAAAUAGGGCUGGUGUUCAACGGUCGCUCCCUGAACCAAGCACAAAGGUUAGAAUACUACCUGCACAUGUGUCGUCCUGCUGCAGGCCAAAGCUCCCAUCACUGAAUUGAUUGUGUCUCCUGGUACUAGUAAAUAGGCAAGGCCUUGCAGCCAUGUUCAUAGAAGCACAGCACUAAGGACAGAGGCGGGCUCUCCUUUUCCUCACAGCCUCGGGACUGCUCCAUGGAACAGAUUUUUCCUAACUGGGUGCUUUCCAGAUGUAUUGGACUACAACUCCCAAUAGUUCAGAUGAUGGCAAAGGAUGGAAAUCGCAGUCCAAAACAGCUGGACAGCACUAGGUUGGGCAAGAAGGGGACAGAACAUGCUAUGCCACCAAGGUGUAAUGAGUACGCAUGCAGCAAAAUACAUGUGUAUGACUGAGAUGUGCAUUUAUCUGCGCACUUAAUUCCUACAUAGGACUUUCUGCAUAGGUAUGGCAAGAGUCAUGAAUGGUCCUUCAGAGCAGCACGGGUAAGUUUCUGUGGUCUGUGCAGACUAAGUCAGCCUUCCCCAACCUUGUGUCUUCCAGACACAUUUGGACUGCAGUACCCAGAGUUCCCAGUCAAUGACCCUCAUAGAUGGGAAUUUUGGGAGUUGUGGUCUAAAUGCCUGUGAAGGCCACCAGGUUGGGGGUUACCGCGCUUGUUUUUCCAAGGCAAGAACCAAUACCUUCUCUUUUAAAAUAAUAAAGUUAUCAUUACCUAUCAUGUUAAUGACAGCUUACCUCCCAACUUAAGUUUUGUUUAUAGCAAAUUGAAGCUUCUUCAGUAACAGUGAAUGUGAAGAUUUCUACCAGCCAUGGCUUGUCAAUGAGAGUUGUCUCUAUUUUACUCUCAUUCUCUAGUGAAAGCAAGUGAGAACUACCUUUGUAAGACAGGAGUCAAAUAGGAAAACCUAAGGCCCUUGGUUAAAAGGAGAGGAUGCCAAGACCAUAGUUGCAUGAAAGUUGAGUCAUGAAGCUCUGACCCAGCUAAAGUUGUGAUUAAUUUUGUUGACUCUAGUGAAAUAGUAGUGGACUUAAGUCUCAUUAUUUUCAAGGGGACUUAUUUUGACAUGGACUGUAGCUUCUUUCCUCAGACUGAAACCUGCUUAUUUGGUUGCAGGAGGGAAGACUGAUGCCUAUGUACAGAGUAGCUUUGGAUAUGUCACCAAACAGCAGUACAGAGGGUCUAGGGGAUCAGCAUUUAAGGGUGCAAUCUUAUGCAUGUUUAGAUAGUAGUCCUACAAUUUCCAGCAAGUCCUGACUAGCAUGGCUGGCUGGAGAAUGCUUGAAGUUGUAGGACUUUUUUCUGUCUAAUCCUGCAUAGGAUUGUGCCUUAAUUACCUACGGUUUCCAGUAGUAUGUGCCUUAGAUAUCCCAUGCAAUGUAAUUUGCUUCAGCGUAUACUUUUCCAUGCAGUAUUAUGGUUUCUUCCAAAAAUUAAAAGGUUACUUAGCGAUCUUUACUAUGGAAAGACUCCCCACCAUUUCUUUGUGUGUGAAACCAGUUCUCCAACACCUGCAAUGGGCAUCAUCUCAUCUGAGAUGCUUACUUCACCCUCAUUGUAUAUAUAGCAAUUAAUCUGUCUGAAAUAACCACUGCCUCCUCCUGUCAGACAUACUGUCAUGCAAAUUUUGUAGUUUCAGAAACAUUGUGUCCUGCACCGAAGCUGAGGCUGCCCAGACAAAAUGUUUUCCAUGCCGUUGGUGUGAUGGCCUUCUCUGAAGGUGGACCCCUCCUUGAGUCUGAUCUAGGAAAGAUAAUCUGUACUCAAGAGUGCUCUAUCAAAUAAAGCUUUCACACAGCUGUA